CUCCUCCCACUGACACCAAUUAUGGGGCACUAUUCCUCCCCCCACUGACACCAACGAUGGGGCACUAUUCCUCCCCCCCACUGACACUAACGAUGGGGCACUAUUCCUCCCCCCCACUGACACCAACGAUGGGGGCACUAUUCCUCCCCCCACUGACACCAACGAUGGGGCACUAUUCCUCCCCCCCACUGACACCAACGAUGGGGCACUAUUCCACCCCCCACUGACACCAAUUCUCUCUGCAGCAGCACCAUGCUGGAGCAGGGGUCAGCAAGUUAAGUGUCAUUGGUGUCAGUGGGAGG